UUUUUACAUAUAGACUCAAAGAGAAAUAGUACGUGGCUCGCUCGCUCGCUCCAGCGCGUGCCCGGUGGUUCUGCAAACUCCCAAGCGAGUAGUGUGUAAGAGGUCCUGUUAUGGGCGGUUACCGAAUGGAAGUUGGAAAGCACCAAGCCAUCAUCUCUCAAUGGCAGCUGUUAAUAUUCUUUUCUUAUUCCCCCUCUAGCCUUUUAAGCUAAUUCUUCCUGGUUCUAGUUUUAUUCUUCUAGUCCACCAAAAUUAGAAAGCAGAGAGAUAGAGAGAGAGAGAGAGAGAGAGAGAGACGGAUUCUUCUUACAUCAACAUGUGCCCACACCACCACACACGCAAAUCUCAAAAAACCCAAUAACUCUGACAGUCUUCUCUUCUUGUUCAAGCCCAGACCUUGACAUAACUCUCUGUUGCUGAACGAUUGUUGGAGGAUAAAGCUGAAGUGAAAGCUUUCGACUUUUCAACCGACCAGUAAAUUGUGUGAUCUGGUGUUAAUCGAAUCAUGCAGCUAUAUCACCAUCCAUACUCCCUGGAUAGCCAGAAGGUCAGACUAGCUUUGGAAGAGAAGGGCAUUGAUUACACAUCAAACCAUGUCAAUCCUAUAACGGGCAAGAAUAUGGACGCCUCAUUCUUCGGGAUAAAUCAAAGCGCAAAACUCCCAGUUUUCCAGAACGGCUCUCACAUCAUUUUCGACACUAUUGAAAUAAUCCAGUAUAUCGAAAGAAUUGUAGUCGUCUCUUUGGGUGGUGGUGACUCAUCCUUUAGCAGCAGAGAGGUUGUUGAAUGGAUGUGCAAGAUACAGGAGUGGAACCCCAAGUACUUCACACUUUCACACGUCCCUGAGAAGUACCGCAUCUCUGUUUCCAAAUUCAUUAGACAAGUGAUCAUAGCACGGAUGGCUGAAUCUCCUGAACUAGCCAGUGCUUACCACCGUAAGCUAAAAGCUGCAUAUGAAACGGAGGACAGGCUGGGAAACCCUGAAGUUUUGAAACGGAGCAAAGAGCAUCUUGUUAGACUUCUUGAUGAAGUUGAGACCAAGCUAAAAGAAACAGCAUAUUUAGCAGGGGAGGAAUUCUCAAUGGCAGAUGUAAUGCUGAUCCCAGUGCUGGCUCGCUUAGUCCUCUUGAAGCUGGAAGAUGAGUACAUAAGUAGCAGGCCAAAUAUUGCUGCGUACUGGGUUUUGAUGCAGCAAAGGCCUAGUUAUAAAAAGGUGAUUGGAAAGUAUUUCAAUGGCUGGAGAAGAUACAAAACACUAGUGAAAACCUGGUGCUUUGUUCGUUUCAGAAGUUUGUUGAGGAGGUAUUAGUAAGAAAAACAGAUGGGAAGUGACAUAAUGGAAGCAGUAAAUAUCAAGGUAAUGUCUGUGAAAUAGGAAGAGAUUUUUGUAUUAGCGAAGAUGUGGCUUGUUUUCUUUCAUAGAAAUGGGAAUUUGUUUUGAUCCGAAUGUUAAUGAGGUUGAGAGAAACUGUAUUAUAA